AUGGCCCCGCUGGAGCUGAGGCUUGACGUCCAGCUUCUGGCACUGGCACUGGCACUGGCAUCGUGGGUGGAGCUUGGAGUUUGGCUUCGUAUCGUGGGUAUAGCGCAGGCUGCCCAUGUAACGCCAUUGUGGCUCUGGCGGCAAGGCGACACCAGCACCGGCAGCCGCGCGGAGGCUACCGGGCGGCACACGGGAUGCCAAGCCUUUUUCCAUUGGGUGGCGCCCAUUCUGCCCUUCUUGCACCUCCCGCCCACAUCACGUCAACCCAGCAAUCACACUCCACGCCGCACUCACGCUGCCUUUGACGGGACCGCGAGCCUGACUCGAGUCGCUCACUCAAUCGGGCCCGUCACGCCGGACUCGGUUUAUACCGAUCUCCGAGCCUUGCAGCGUCCCGAUUCCCAUGUGCCAACAGCUCUCGCAGACGAUAGGCGUAUCACCACCCCAUCACAUUACGGCUGGCCGCUGUACCGACUGCUCAUGGCAUCACUGUGA